UGUGUCAUUUUACACUUUUUAAUUUCAAAUACCCCCUUAGAAAAUUAGGGUUCUGAACAUAGCAGGGAAGACGAAGACGAAAUUUCCAGGGGAAGACGAAGACGAAGAAGAAGAAUGCAGGGAACGAAGCAAACGAGAAAGACGAGAAGAUUUUGAUGGUAAUUUGUGGGGUUAGGAUGCUGCGAUGGGGCUGGUGUUGAGUGCUGCAACUGGUAGAGGAUGGACAACGGGUUCGGGGAUGGAAGGGCCGCCUGUUCCUGCUGUUGGGAAGGAUGAUCAAUUUGGGACGGGGAAUAUUUCAACUUUUCCGUGGUCGCUCUUUACAAAAUCUCCGAGGAGGAGGAUGCUUAUCGCUUUUACUUGUACCAUAUGUGGCCAGCGAACUACGCGGGCUAUUAAUCCUCAUGCGUAUAAUGAUGGAACUGUUUUUGUUCAGUGCUGUGGAUGCAAUGCGUACCAUAAGCUCGUGGAUCACUUGAACUUGUUUCAGGAGACAAAUUGCUAUCUGAAUUCAAGUUUUAAUUAUAAAGGUCCUGGAUGGGAUGAUCUUAAGUUCAGGUUCAUGGACGUUGAUAGCGACAGCGAUGAUGAUAUAUUCCCAGUUACAUGAGUGAAUUACCAGCUUAUGGAGUAUAUAUUUUCUGCCUCUGAUCUUAAGAAAUUUUAGAUCAGUUGUAAUGUAUAUUGUUUAUGUUUUCAUGCUUAAUAGUAACAUUUGUUAGAGGAUUGCUUUGUAUAGUAUAUGUGUAUGUAUAGCUUCGCAACCGAAUUGUACGAUCAUGAAUUUAAUCAUGUACAAUACUUUGCAUAACUA